UGGGAAAAAAAUUUAGUUUCGUUAAUUUUUUAUUUAAUUAAUAGAAAAAAGGUUGUAAAAGAAGACUAAAUUUAACUUUUUUUCCAUUACACUCAAGCAAAAAAUUAUUUAUGAAUUUCUUUCUCUUUCACAUUUUCUAAAUAUCAGUAUUUUCUAAAUAUCAGUGGGGGAUAGAUUAGUAACUACCAUCGACUUACGUUUUUGACAGAAUCUUUAUUUUAUUUAUUCCGAAGCUAUGAAAGGUAAAAUUAACAUCGGCCGAAUUUAAGCUAAAAAACAAAAUAGGAAAAAAAUAAUGUUUGGCCUAAAUAAUUGCCGUUAAGUUUGGUACAAUAUUAAUAUUUCGUUUCGGUAUUCAAAACAAACCAAUUCAUCUUUUAUACUUACCCCAUAUUUAAAGGUAUUUUUUUUCUCAGGAUCGUUUCUGGUGUCUGAGAAGUUCUUUGAUCCCUUUUCUGGAUGAAUUUCUGCUUUUGUAUCAAAAGUGCAGGGAAAAGGACUCCUUCGAAGAUAACGAUUUAGAUUUAAUCAUUAUAGGAUGACCUCAGCAUCACAGGAUUUUAAUAUAAACUACAUCAUUAAUAUUGAACGUCUUACUCAUAACACGUAUAACCCUGUUUCUAUAAAUAUAUACUGAAUUACUGCAAAAUAUAUCUUCUGAACUCUGACAUAUAUGUAGCAAAAUUUCCCUUCUUUAUUGUCUGGAAUACACAGAAAAUUAUAUUUGUAUUUGAAUUAAAUCUUUAAGAUUUGAACUGGGCAUACCAUUCCCAAAUAUUCUGCAUAUUUUAUGUUAAAAUUGCUCACAUCUGGCCUCUUACACUCACCCUGUAAUGUCAUAUAAACAUAAGGAAUCACAUCGUUGAAAUCUUAAUGCAAUAAGAUAAUCAAUGAUUAAUAAAGAAGAAUUUUGAAAAAAAAACUUUACAGAGUAAUCUGAGUGUUAAUUAGUUAAAGCAAUUAAGAAGGCAGUUUGCAGCAUCUUCAGAUAUUACCCAAGAUCACUUUUGAUGGAGAUAUAUCAGUAGAAAUAUUUAAGAGCAAUAUACGAGAAGAAGGAAAACAUUUGUGUACUGUGACGAGAGAAAGGAAAAUUAUGGAAAAUGAAUUAUAUCGGAGUGAAGUUGAAUGUAAAAGAGAGUCUGAAGAAAUUGAUUUUUCUAAUGAGGAAAAGAAUGAAAAGGGCAAAAUAUCGUAUGAUUGUGAUAUCUGUGGUAAAUCCUUCUCUGGAUAUCGUUAUUUAACUAGGCACAAGCAUGUUCAUACUGCAAAGAAGCCAUAUAGGUGUGAUAUCUGUGGUAAAUCAUUUUCUGUCACUUGUAACUUAACUAUUCACAAACGCAUUCAUACAGGUGAGAAGCCAUAUCAUUGUGAAAUCUGUGGUAAAUCAUUUUCUGAAAAUGGUAACCUAACUCAGCACAGGCGUGUUCAUACAGGAGAGAAGCCCUAUCGGUGUGAUAUCUGUGGUAAAUCCUUCUUUGUAACUGGUCACUUAACUCAGCACAAACGCAUUCAUUCAGGAGAGAAGCCAUAUCAUUGUGAUAUCUGUGGUAAAUCAUUUUCUCAAAAUAGUGUGCUGACUAGGCACAAACGCAUUCAUACAGGAGAGAAGUCAUAUCAGUGUGAAAUCUGUGGUAAAUCAUUUUCUGAAAAAAUUAAUUUGACUGGUCACAAACGCAUUCAUACAGGAGAGAAGCCAUAUCAGUGUGAUAUCUGUGGUAAAUCCUUCUCUGUAACUGGUCACUUAACUCAGCACAAACGCAUUCAUUCAGGAGAGAAGCCAUAUCAGUGUGAUAUCUGUGGUAAAUCAUUUUCUCAAAGUGGUCACCUGACUAAACGCAUUCAUUCAAAAGAAGUCAUAUCACUGUAAUACCUGUGGUAAAUCAUUUUCCAAAAACAGCACUUUGUCUAGUCUCAAACGUUUUCAUACAUGAGAGAAGCCAUAUCAUUGAAACAUGUGGCAAAUCAUUUGCUUAUAGAAGCAGCGUAACUACUUCCUUAAACCUUCAUGAGAGACAAACCAUACCAGUCAUCUGUCAUCAUUGUUCUCCAUGUCCACAUUUGCCAAUCUCUCAUUGGUGAGAUGAUAUUUAUUGAGGUGAAUUUUCACUGUCCAGAUGCCCUUCCUGUUGCCAACCUUCCUUCACCUGUUUCAGACUAAAAUAUUUCCCCGUGACCUGACAUGUUUUUAUGUCAGAUUGGCGAUGAACGUUGCUUGCAUGGCAGUGACACCCACAACUAUCAUACAGUCUCCAGGCAAGGAUAUAGUAACACACACACACACACAUUCAUAAGCCCCUCACACUUCUAUGAAACAUCCCCCUCUAUCCUCUGUACCUCUAAUAUUCCCCCACCACCACUACCUUUUGUGUAUGUCCUCAUACAUCUCCAUCACCAUCCAUUUCUCUCUAUACAUCUAUCAUUCUCUCCUUUCUUUUCCUACUGGAAUUGUCAGGUUUCUCCUCUAUAGUAAGACACUCGUCUCUCUCCUGCUGUUAUACAUCAACCUCUCAACUGACAAAAAGCCAUCCCCCUCGCUUCCACUCCCUCUGACAACUGAUUGGAUCUUUAUCUUGCAAGUUACUUGCUGAUUCCCAAUGAUGC